AUGUCUCAGCGCGCGUCCCGAAGGGCACCGACCACACGCCGGGGGUUUUCCAGCCCUUCCCGGGAGCGCUUUCCCCCGGGGAGGAAAACAGAGCUCUCGACCUGGACGGAACUCAGGAGUCGGCCAGCCCCGCUGGCUUCCUACGAAGACGCGAUUUUGAUUUUCGACGGGGCGUCUCCGGGCGGAGAGACGCGCUCGCGGAGGCUGGCGCCGCCGCGGCUGCUGCUGCUGCUGCUGCUGCCCCGGGCCGCGGGGCUGCACCCCAGCGGGCUCUUCCCUUACGGGCAGUUUCGGGGGGACCAGCUUCUGAAGGAAGGCGACGACGAAAGCUCCGCCGCGGUGAAGCUGGCGAGUCCCCUGCGCUUCUACGACGCCCAGUUCAGCUACCUCUACGUGGGCACCAACGGCAUCAUCUCCACCAAGGACUUCCCCAGGGAGACCCAGUAUGUGGACGAUGGUUUCCCUACGGACUUCCCGGCCAUUGCUCCCUUUCUGGCCGACAUCGACACGAGCCAGGGCAGGGGCAGGAUCCUGUACCGCGAGGACACGAGUCCCCAGGUGCUGGGCCUGGCCGCCCGCUACGCGCGCGCAGGCUUCCCCAGCACCGCGGCCGGCUUCGCCCCCACGCACGCCUUCCUGGCCACCUGGGAGCAGGUGGGCGCCUACGAGGAGCCCAGGCUCGGGGCGCCGCCCUCGCGGGAGCUGAAUACUUUCCAGGCAGUUUUGGCAUCUGAUGAGUCUGAUACCUACGCCUUCUUUCUUUAUCCUGCCAAUGGCCUUCAGUUCUUUGGAACUCGCCCCAAAGAGUCCUACAACGUCCAGCUCGAGCUUCCAGCCCGGGUGGGCUUCUGCCGAGGGGAGACUGAUGACCCGAAGAGAGAGGGUCCAUAUUUUAGCUUGACCAGCACUGAACAAUCUGUGAAAAAUCUCUAUCAACACAGCAACCUGGGGAUCCCCGGAGUGUGGGCUUUUCAUGUCGGCAGCACCUCCCCACUGGACAAUGUCAAGCCAGCAACAGUUGGGGGAUUCCUUCCCCAAGCCCACCCUUCAGCUUCUCAGGAACAUGGCUUCAGCCAUGCUGUAGCCCUGGAACGAAACUACAGCGAGGAUGAUUUGGAUUAUUACGAUGAGGCGGAGGGCGAAGCUGAGCACCCACUGACUGAACCAGAAGACGUGUCAAGAGGCCACAGCGAUAUCAGUGUUUCCUUCCACUCAAAAGCUGACCCAAGGCCAGUAGGAGGGGGUCUCUCUCCUCCAGAUUCCCACCCAACCUCCCCUUUGCAUCCAACACCUAGAAAUAGGCCAUUCUACCCCAAAACAGAAUCUGUCACCUUGGACCCUCAAACCAAAGAGGGGAGGCUUGUGAAGGAGAUAGAUACCCUAGAUGUAAGAGGCCCGGCUGAGUCUUCUGAAUGGACCAGAGGCCCUGCUCCAUCAGAGAUACAAGAAAAUUCACCCGAUCCUUCCCAGGGAUCCCCAACUCCCUCCCUUGAAAACAGAAGCAUCAGACCCGACCCAGAUGGAGGGGCACUGCCUUCAGAAGGGGGUGCUUCUCGGGCCCAUCACGAAGGAGAUCUGGUUCUGCCCAGGUCCUCCCUGCCAGGUCACACAACGCCACAGGAUCCCGGGAGGCACGUGCAAGGGGCGGAAGACGGCAACAGUCCCAAUACGGGGGUCUUCACCUAUAGGUCUUCCAUCAAGGAGACCUGCGAACACAACCACGGACAGUGCUCCCGGAACGCCUUCUGCACCGACUACGCCACCGGCUUCUGCUGCCACUGCCAGUCCAGGUUUAACGGGAAUGGCAAGCACUGCCUGCCGGCAGGGGAACCUCAUCGAGUUAAUGGGAAAGUGAGCGGCCACCUCCUCGUGGACCACACGCCCGUGACCUUCAAUGACGCGGACCUGCAUGCGUACAUCGUGAGCAAUGAUGGCAGAGCCUACACGGCCAUCAGUCACAUCCCACAGCCCGCGGCCCAGGCCCUUCUCCCCCUCACACCCAUCGGAGGCCUGUUUGGCUGGCUCUUCGCUUUAGAGAAACCGGGCUGGGAAAACGGCUUCAGCCUCACAGGUGCUACAUUUAUCCAUGACAUGGAAGUUACUUUCUAUCCAGGAAAGGAGAGGGUUCGAAUCACUCAAGCUGCUGAGGGACUUGACCCAGAGGACUAUCUGGUCACUAAGACCAACAUUCAAGGCCAGGUGCCUUACAUCCCAGCGGGUUUCACAGCCCAUGUGGCUCCCUACAAGGAGCUUUACCACUACUCGGACUCAGCUGUGACCUCCACAAGUUCCAGAGACUACUCUCUCACCUUUGGUGCCACCAACCGGACAUUGUCCUACCGCAUCCACCAGAACAUCACCUACCAGGCGUGCAGGCACGCCCCCAGGACCCUGGGCGCCCCCGCCACCCGGCAGCUGACCGUGGACCGGGUCUUUGCCUUGUACAGUGAUGAAGAAAGAGUGCUUAGAUUUGCUGUAAGCAAUCAAAUUGGCCCUGUGGAAGAGCACUCAGACCCCACACCAGUGAAUCCUUGCUACGAUGGGAGCCACACAUGCGGCACAACAGCCCAGUGCCACCCGGGAACAGGUGUAGACUACACCUGCAAGUGCGCACCUGGGUACCAGGGAGAUGGACGGAGUUGCGUGGAUGUAAAUGAAUGUGCAACUGGCUUCCAUCGCUGUGGCCCCAACUCUGUGUGUAUCAACCUGCCGGGAAGCUACAGGUGUGAAUGCCGGAGCGGUUACAGGCUUGCCGAGGACCAGCACACCUGCAUCUUGAUUGCCCCACCUCCCAACCCCUGUGAGGACGGCAGCCACACCUGCGCUCCCGCCGCCCGGGCCCGGUGCGUCCACCACGGAGGCAGCGCCUUCAGCUGCGUCUGCCUGCCUGGCUACUCCGGCAGCGGGCACCAGUGUACCGAUGUUGAUGAAUGUUUGGAGAACAGAUGUCACCCCUCGGCUACCUGCUACAAUACCGCUGGCUCCUUCUCCUGCCGCUGCCAACCUGGCUAUCACGGGGACGGACUUCAGUGCACACCUGAUAACACCUCGGGACUGACAACCUGUGAGCGUCAACAGCUUGCCGCCCAGGCUCAGCACACCUACCCAGGCACCAGGAUCCACAUCCCCCAGUGUGACGAGCAGGGCCACUUCCUGCCACUGCAGUGCCACGGUGGCACCGGCUUCUGCUGGUGCGUGACCCCUGAUGGGCAUGAAGUCCCUGGUACCCGUACUCCACCCGGCUCUAACCCACCUCACUGCGGACCACCAGCGCCCACCCAGAGGCCCCCGACCAUGUGUGAGCGCUGGAGGGAAAGCCUGCUGCAGCACUACGGAGGCACGCCCAGGGAUGACCAGUACGUGCCGCAGUGCGAUGACCUGGGCCACUUCGUCCCCAUGCAGUGCCACGGGAAGAGCGAGUUCUGCUGGUGUGUGGACAGAGAUGGCAGAGAGGUGCCGGGCACCCGCUCCCAGCCGGGCACCACCCCUGCAUGUAUACCCACGGUUGCUCCACCCUCGGUCCGACCCACCCCUCGGCCUGACGUGAUCCCUCCUUCCGUGGGCACCUUCCUGCUCUAUGCCCAGGGCCAGCAGAUUGGCUACUUGCCCCUCAGUGGCACCAGGCUUCAGAAGGAUGCAGCAAGGACCCUGCUGUCACUGCAGGGCUCCAUAGUUGUGGGGAUUGACUACGACUGCCGGGAGAGGAUGGUGUACUGGACAGACGUCGCUGGACGGACCAUUAGCCGUGCCAGUCUGGAACCGGGAGCAGAGCCAGAGACAAUCAUUAACUCAGGUCUGAUAAGCCCUGAGGGCCUUGCCAUUGAUCACUUUCACAGAACGAUGUACUGGACAGACAGCGGCCUGGACAAAAUAGAGAGGGCCAGGCUGGACGGCUCUGAGCGCAGGGCUCUCUUCCACACGGACCUGGUGAACCCCCGAGCCAUCGCUGUGGAUCCGAUCCGAGGCAACCUGUACUGGACAGACUGGAAUCGAGAAGCUCCUAAAAUUGAAAUGUCAUCUUUAGAUGGAGAAAACAGAAGAAUUCUGGUGAAUAAAGACAUUGGACUACCCAAUGGUUUAACCUUUAACCCCCUGUCGAAAUUGCUCUGCUGGGCAGAUGCAGGAACGAAAAAACUGGAGUGUACACUACCUGAUGGAACUGGACGGCAUGUUAUUCAAAACAACCUCAACUACCCCUUCAGCAUUGUUAGCUACGCAAAUCACUUCUACCACACAGACUGGAGGAGGGAUGGUGUAAUAUCAGUCAAUAAAGACAGCGGCCAGUUUACUGAUGAGUAUCUCCCAGACCAGCGAUCUCAUCUCUACGGGAUAACUGCAGUCUACCCGUACUGCCCAGCAGGAAGAAAGUAAAUAAUAGCAUCGUAAAGGACUUGAGUUUACAAUCAGAAUCUGGACCCUAAAGAACAUUUACUGCAAAGGCGAAGAAAGUGAAAAAGGAAUUGGCCAUUAGAAGUUUCUGAGCAUACAAAAUGGACAUUUUCAGUGCAAAAAGACUAAGUAUAUUUUGUGAAAAGUUUAUACCUCAAUCUUUACUACUGUAUUUUUUAAAACAAAAGUUAUUGCAAGUUUAAAAGAGGUAAUAGAAUUUUAAUUGUUGAUUAAAGCAACUUUUUAUAAACAUUUAUAUCAUAUUUCAAAGGUCAAAUUCAUUCACCUAAGAACCAAUUAGAAAUAUGUUAAGAUCCUAAAUCUGAUUUCUACUAUGAGUUCUUUUUGGCCAAGAAAUUAAAGCACAUAUGACCAGUAUAAAAAUAAAUCCUAAAGAUCAUAAACCCUGACAUAGAGAAGGCUAUGCAGAACUGAUGGGAAACAGCCAACUUAUUUAUAGUUUCCGAAAAAAAGUUCUAAGUUUUUUUUACCUCUGCAUUUCUAUUUAUAUUAAAAGGUGCUAGAAUGUUUCAGUUUGUAUUUUCUGAUCCUGUAAGUCCAUCUAUAGAAUAACCCACAGAAAUUACAUUUAUAAAUACCAAAGAUGUAACAGUUCUCAAAUUUUCUAGAUUACUCCAAUAAAAUAUUUUAAGUUUUCCUAUGA